AUGAAUCACAUCUAUCGCUUUCCUCAUAUCGAAGCUUAUACAGUCGAGAAUUUGUCUGGGGUUCUUUAUUGUUCCACUUCGUCUUCAGAAGACGUUCUGUGGAGCCUGCUCUGGUCUAACACCGACGCGAGCUUAUUUACUUCUUUACUACUGCUGCCCUCGUGGUGGUGUCCCAUCGACAAACCCAGCUCUUACGCAAAUCUUGCUGCCCCGCCAAAGGAAUUCGCGCGAAAGGCCCGGGAAACUAGACAGCGUAUGCAAUCUGAGGAAUCCCACAAGGCCACCACACCCUCUGCAUCCCUCUUGCCGCGCCUGCAAUCUUAUUGGCUGGUGUUAUCAGGAUCGUGUCUUCCUCUGGUCGCUACGAAGCACAGCGUACCCAGCGUUUCUGGACACCCAGCAUCAGCUUAUCUGGGGUUCGAUCUCGAGCCGUGGGUCAUGCCCCAGACUGCUUCCACGAUUUCGUGCCUCAGAAUGGUUGGGCUUCAGAUCAUCCCAGUCCUCCUCCUCGCCGCUGCAGCUUGCGAAGACAACUAUUCGAUCCAUACGAUGCCGAGCAUUUUCGCGCGAAUCAGGCCAUGGAUAGGACCCCAAAUCACGAACAUUGUGAACAGUACCAGAGAUCUCCCCCACGAUGAUUACUACGGGCAACCUACACGAUCAGCCAAAGAAUCAGGAGGCAAACUUUGCUACGCACGAUUCGCUUGGCAACGACGAAAACGACAGACGUCACAUCUGGAUGCGAUCGGAACGAAAAGACUCCAUCUUUUGGUCGAUGGUACAAGCUGUGAUGGCCGGCACACUUUCACAGGGUUGAGACUCGUGGGCACACCGGCCCGCAAGAACGAACAUGAACAGCGACUACUCGGUGGCUUCCUCUCGCUUGUCUGUCAACACGCUACGCUCGAGCACUCGUCAGGUUCUCAACGCUGGGUUGAAUAUGGGAUAUGGGUGGAUUUCAGAUGCCAGUUUGAUACUGCUCUAAUGGACAUGAAGGAGGCCUCUGAAGCGAGCAUCUGCAAAACGAAAUCCUUUUUGAUCGCGGAUCUCCGACAGUCACGAACUUUCAAACCAUCACUAUUCCAUGAACUCGACCACAUUUGCUUCCCUUGGCCACUAUCAUUCAAGAUGUCUACCACGAUACAACAGGACUACCGGCCAUUCUUCGACUUUUGGACCGGAGAAGACGCCGGAACGCACCAUUCAUACUUGGCCUUUAGCAGACGAAAGGCUAGUUCUCAACUCAACGACCUUGAAACAUCGCAUCUCAAACAGGAAUGCCAACCUUUGUGA